AGCAGGGGCAGUCUAUAGGUGGAAAGACUAGACUAGAAGAAUACGGACUACUGCAUGUUUGUUGUUCCUGUGAGUGAAUGAUUAAGUAACCACACAUAUACGUGCACACACUUUGCAUGUACUACCUCAUACAUGCAGAAAUAAUUCAAAUAAACCCUCUAACUGGGAUCCGCUCUCUUGCUUCAGUUUCUCUAACCGGAAUGAUCCCCGGCCGUACACCGCUGCACUACAGGCACUACAAGAUAAAUAUGGACAACCACGCCAACUCGUCUAGUGUGAGUUAGGUGCCAUAUUGAAUGCUCCCACUGUAAAGUUUGGAGAUGCUGAAGCCUUUGACGACUUUGCCCUAUCCAUCCAUUCAUUGGUAGGGAUGCUUAGGACUCUAAAAGCCCCAAAUGGCUACGAGUUCAGGUGUGGAUCUUAUGUUGAUCGCUUUCUGAGCAAAAUGCCACCGUCAUACCGUGACAGCUUUGUGGAGUACUGCUUUAGCCACAGCAUUCUCCAGACCAGCACAGACCGUACCUAUACCCUACCAGACUUCUCAGCCUGGCUACAGUUAAAGUCUCAGGCUAAGUGCAUCUCAAACAGGGUAGCAGCACUUUACCAAAGUGAGGUGACCAGGACAAUCAAAAGGGAUCCUCACCCAUCUUCUCGGCCCAAGGGCCGGUCCACUUCAAUCCUUUACUCGACUAACAGUACCUCACCUGUUCAAGGACAAGCAAGAGUUUAGACUCCCAAGUUCCAACCAUACUGUCCAUACUGCAAUAAUAAGGAUCAUUUUCUAAACUCUUGCCCUAAAUUCAAGCUACUAACCACAGAGCAAAUAAUGGAGUGGAUAACAGAAGGGAAGCCUUGUUGGAAAGGUGGAAGGGCACAUACUUCAGACAACUGUACUCUGAAGCGAGGGUGCAAGACUUGUAAAGAGCUGCACCUUACCAUUCUCCAUGAAGCAGCCCUGCAGACCCAGAAGAGUGUACUUCUAGUCAAUGUCCCCCCUACCCAGGUCUACUUAGAUCAUCUCAACUGAUCUCCAAAGGUGAUGCUAAAGGUCGUAAAGUUUCUACUGCAAUACAGAGAUAAAGCCAUGGAGACAUAUGCAGUGUUAGAUGAUGGCUUCGAAUGUAGCAUUGUAUUGCCACAGGCUGUGAAACAGCUAAACCUCACCACAGUGCCUGAACCGCUCAUCCUAUGUACAAUAUGUCAGGAUGUACUGCACUUAAAUGGAGCAUCUGUUUCCCUCUCUGUGUCACCUUUAAACAGACCAGCUAGGAAGUUUCAGAUUAAUCAUGGCUUCACUGCAGAGAGCCUGAGACUGUCUGAACACUCUUAUCCAAUAGCUGCUCUCCAACGCAAAUAUACCCUUAUCCGAUCCUUACCAUUGCCAAAGAUUGAGCGAGCACAACCCUUGCUUCUUAUUAGAUCAGACAUGCCUCACUUACUUGUACUAGUCCAGCCCAUACGAAUGGGACCUCCUAAUGCACCAAUAGCUGUUCACACCAGACUUGGCUGGACCCUCCACGCCCCUGUCGGGUGCAGCCAAACUGCUCCCUGUGAUCAACAAUGUCUGAACAUCUCUAUAGAUGCUCAGAAUGCUGAGCUACUCAAGAAUGUUGAGUGUCUUUGGCAGACCGACACUCUACCCUACAUUAAUGAAACAACAGCCACUAGGUCCAAACAGGGCCAGCAUGCUCUCACCCUACUUCAAACACGUACUGCCAGGGUAGAGGUGGACGGCAUUCUACGAUAUGCCACUCCUUUGCUUAGGCGGCUGAAUCCUGUCACCCUUAACGCCCCAAAGGAGGCAGUGCUGGCGUCCCUUCGUAGGAGUGAACAGACAAAGAUCCAAACCUCUCGGAAGCACUGAGAUGAAGAAAUUAGAGCAAGCUGGCUACAUGGCAGAAAUUUCCUAUCAGGAAGCUGAGAAGUCCACCGAAUCCUGGUACAUUCCACACCAUAUGGUGAAUCAUAAUGGCAAAAACAGGAUUGUGUUCAGCUGUUCAUUUCAGUAUCAGGGUCAGUCAUUACAUGAGCAUCUUAUUCCUGGUCCCAUACUUGGUCCAUCUUUGCUUGGAGUUCUGCUUCGGUUCCGACAGCAUGCCGUAGCUGUGAGCGGAGAUGUGAAAGGUGUCUAUGUUUUACCAAGUUCGCCUACUGCCAGAUGAUAAGGCGAUCCAAAGAUCUAUGAGUGGCAAG